GAGCGAGUGUCUGGAGGGGAAGGACUCGGGAACGCGACCAAACCGAGGAGGGAUCGAUCGGAUUAAACUCGAUUCGAGUGAAAUUAACACAAAGGAGAGAGAGAAGAGCGACGCACACUAGUCGGCGUGGUUUGCGGACGCGACACGCGCCGGAGGGAGGAGAAAUAUUUCAUGAAAGAGACGAAAAACUUGAACUUUUUGUGUUAUUUUUCUUUUUUUCCCCUCUCACUCCGUCUGUUUAUUUAUUUUUUUCAAACCGUAAAAAGGGACCACGGUGGAUUUUUCUUGCAAGCGGAGACACUAACGCCACCAACACGGAGUUGGAUUUGAUAGAAAAGCCCUGAAGCUCACCGGGAACUGUAAUGAGGAUGAUGGAGCAACAAGCUACAAAUUAGCAUCUGGCUGGUUAGCUUCUCCUUGCACAACACACCUAUUCAUCUCAUCCCCUCCAUCUGUGGGCCCCCCACCCACCCAUGGCGGACCCAGGGAUGUUGAGUCUAUUCGGGGACGAUGCAGGGCUGUUCUCAGAUGGAUUAGAUGGUUUAGGAGGCUGCUUUCCUCAGCAGCCGGCCCCUGGCCAGUCCAACCCUCUAGCUCAGCAGACUAAUCCCUCUCUAAACCACGAGCACCAGGGAAACAGGGGUUACCACCAGGGGAUGAUCCACAGUGCUGGUAAUGGCCCAGCACAACCUAAAUUGGGGCAAAUGUACGACCACAGCCCGUAUGGCUACGAUCAGUCUGGUGCCCCGGGAGGUCGAAUGAUGGCCCAGAAUGGUCCCAGCCAAGGGCCGCCAAAUGUGAAUGCGACCAUGAAUGGCAUCGUUUCCCACUACCAUAAUAAUCCAGCUAAUGCUAGCAACCCCCACCAUGGGUACCCAGGUGAUGCUGGGGGAGGGGGAGGAGCUGGUGCUGGUGGGGGUGCAGUUUGGGCCCAGCAGCAGCAGCAGCAGCAGGGCAGAUCAGCAUAUCAGCAGCCUUCAACGCAGCAAGGGGGCGCCCCCAAUCAGAUGGGAGGCUACCAGAUGUCUCAAGGCAACUACGGUGGUAUGCAAGGCCCACAGACACCCAACGCAGCUCGCAUGAACCAACACUACCCUCAACAGAGCAUGGCACACCCUCCUGCUCAGGACCCUUCUCACUAUCUGGGACAUGUCGGAAUGGGAGGAGCCCAAAUGAGACACCCACAGCCCCAGCCUCAACCACAGGGUUAUCCCAACAUGGGCCACACACCCCGAUACCCACACUCCCCCUCUCGGCAGCCAGCACAUACCCACCAGCACCAACAGGGCAUGGCAGGGUUUGGGGGAGCCCAGUACCCUGGCUAUCAGGCUCAGUAUGGAGCCAUUGGACCCGGAAUGGGCCCGAGUGCUAAUACUAAUGUCGGCACUAACACCAGCCAGGCCUUGGGAGCGGGACAACUUGGCCAAAGGUUUAACCAGGGACCAGGCCCAGCAACGGGUCAGCAGGGGCAACGCUAUCCCACCUCAACAGCACACCAAACCCAGCCCCUUCAAACCCAUUCUACCCCUAUGCAGCAGCAGCCUGGUCAACAGGGCCAGCCUUUGCACCCUUUAAACCACGCCCAGCACCCCCAGAAUGUGCCCCAGCCUCAAAAUCAGCCCCAGUCUCACCUUGCCCCCCCAGCUCAGGGAUCUUACCCCUCUCCCGCAUCUUUGUCCCCCAUGCGGGUUUUGGGUACCCCAACCCCUCCUCCCCAGCAGGUCAGACCCCCUAGCGCCGGCCUGCCUGUGCCCCCAGAGGUUGCAGGGUACACAGCCCUGCAGUCUCCACCCAAUCCAAUGCCUCACCCACAGAGAACUCCCCCAAACCCUCAACACCAGCAGCCCCACAACAUGCCCCCGAAUGCAGGGCAGAUGUAUCCCAGUAUGGGGCCUCAGCGUGGUCCACAAAUGGGUCCAAACAGGCCUCAGCUCCAGCAACAGCCAGGACCCCAUGAAGCGCCUGUCAGUCAGGGGGGAGACCAGCGUCUGCUCCAGGCCCAGCAGCAGACCUCUCGAAACGGGCAGCCCCUGCAGCCGGCACUCAUGGGUUUCCAGGGACCACCUGUCAGUCAGCACGGAGCCGCUGCGGCCUCAAACCAGGGUUUAGCGCCACCCACCCAGAACGCUCAAACACAGCACACACACCUGCCCCACCACCACCUGCAGAGCACACCCCCUCAACCCAACCAGGGAUCCAACCCAUGGGUGCCUACGUCUGUCGCCCCCCAUCCUCUCUCCUCACCCCCUCUUACUCCACAAAAAGUGCCUCACAUACAGCAUUCCCCCACGGACCCGUCAGGCGAUGCCUCAAUGAUGGUUCCUGAAAGACUGACCGUUGGCGCUGGUUUGCCCAGCCAGCCUAUCAGCACAGAGCAGUCCAGCCAACAGGAGACCAAGCCAAAAAAGAAGAAGAAGAAGAAUAAAGCAAAAGUAGUGGAUGGAGAGCAAGACGAGGAAGCCAAGAAGGUGGCGAAAGGAGGAGCAGAGGAGGACUUUAAGUCGGAGUUUCCCAUAUUAGGAAGUGAUGUGGGUGAACAGGUUACUGGCACAGGAAUUGUAGAGGGAAGUUCACCAACAGUGGAGGAGAAAAAGAAGAAGAAAAAGAAACCAAAGGAGAAGGCAGAGGUCAAGGAGCCUAAAGAGCCCAAGACCCCGAAGACGCCCAAAACGCCCAAGACCCCCAAAGAGCCCAAGGAGAAGAAAGCCAAGAGCUCCACGCCCAAGACCAAGACCCCCAAGAAAACCAGCAGUAAGAAGGUGGUCGAGACGGAGGUUGGGGCUGGCAAUGCUAAGAAGGAUUCCAAGAGGAAGAGGGAGUCGUCAGUCAGCGAUGAUGUGGAGGUGAAGACUCCACCUCCGUCGCCUCAAGAAGAGGAAGAUGAUGACGGUGUACAGAAGCGCCGUUCCAGCCGGCAGGUAAAGAGGAAGCGUUACACCGAGGAUCUGGAGUUUAGAAUUUCAGACGACAGUGGAGACGACUCAUCAGCACCUAAAUCCCCGACUUCAUCUCAGCAACAGGAUGUGGCUGAAGCUGAGGGUCCCAUUGUGGAGAAGAUCAUGGGUCUGCGCACCUCCAAAAAACAGCUGGAGGAGGGGGAGGAAGUGGAGGUGGAGGAGUUCUAUGUCAAGUUCAAGGGCUUUUCGUACCUCCACUGCCGCUGGGCAGAACUACAGGAGCUGGAGAAGGACAAGAGAGUGCACCAGAAGAUCAAGAGGUUUAGGGCCAAGCAGCAACUCAACAGCUUUAUAACUGAGAUGGACGAUGAGCCUUUUAACCCGGACUAUGUGGAGGUGGACCGUGUCCUGGACAUUUCAGAGAGCACAGAUGAAAACGGAGAGAUGGUGACCUUAUAUUUGGUGAAAUGGUGCAGUCUGGCCUACGAAGACUCCACGUGGGAGCUGAAGGCCGACAUCGACCAGUCGAAGAUUGACGAAUACGAGCGCAUCGUGGCUCGCACACCCAACACUAAGAGAGUGGAUCGGCCUCCUGCAGCUGACUGGAAGAAGCUGGAGGGCUCCAGAGAUUACAAGAAUGCCAACACACUCAGGGAAUACCAGCUGGAAGGCCUCAACUGGCUGACUUUCAACUGGUACAACUCACGUAACUGUAUCUUGGCUGAUGAGAUGGGUCUGGGAAAAACCAUCCAGUCCAUCACGUUCCUUUAUGAGAUGUACUUGAAGGAAAUCCAGGGGCCAUUCCUGGUCAUCGCCCCGCUCUCCACAAUCCCCAACUGGGAGCGGGAGUUCAGGACCUGGACUGAGCUCAACGCGGUGGUCUACCACGGGAGCCAGGCCAGCCGCAAGACCAUCCAGGCCUAUGAGAUGUACUAUAGAGACGCACAGGGUAAAAUAAUAAAGGGAGUGUAUCGGUUUCAUGCGGUGAUAACAACCUUUGAGAUGAUUCUGGCCGACUGUCCGGAGCUUCGCAGCAUCCCGUGGCGCUGCGUGGUGAUAGACGAAGCCCACCGCCUCAAAAACCGAAACUGUAAACUACUGGAAGGGCUUAAAAUGAUGGAUAUGGAGCACAAAGUUCUGUUGACAGGAACUCCCCUCCAGAACACUGUGGAGGAGCUGUUCAGCUUACUCAACUUCCUGGAGCCAGAGAGAUUCCCGUCUGAACAGACAUUCAUGACUGAAUUUGGAGACCUUAAGACUGAAGAGCAGGUUCAAAAACUGCAAGGCAUUCUAAAGCCCAUGAUGUUGAGAAGACUGAAGGAAGACGUGGAGAAGAACCUGGCACCAAAGGAGGAGACCAUCAUUGAGGUGGAGCUGACCAACAUCCAGAAGAAAUACUAUCGGGCCAUUCUGGAGAAGAACUUCACCUUCCUGUCUAAAGGAGGUACAGGGGGAGGAGGAGGAGGUGGCGGCGGAGGAUCCAGUGUCCCCAACCUUCUCAACACCAUGAUGGAGCUGAGGAAAUGCUGCAACCACCCCUACCUCAUUAAUGGUGCAGAGGAAAAGAUUAUCGAGGAGUUCAGGGACUCCCACAUCCAUGCAACUGAGAUGCCGGACAUGGCCCUCCAGGCUAUGAUCCAGGCUGCUGGCAAGCUGGUGCUCAUUGACAAGCUGCUGCCCAAACUGAAGGCAGGAGGACACAGAGUCCUGGUGUUUAGUCAGAUGGUCCGCUGUCUGGACAUCCUUGAGGACUACCUCAUCCAGAGACGAUACCCCUACGAACGUAUCGAUGGCAGAGUUCGUGGUAACCUGCGGCAAGCAGCCAUUGACCGUUUCUCCAGGCCGGACUCGGACCGAUUUGUCUUCCUUCUGUGCACGAGAGCUGGAGGACUGGGCAUUAACCUGACUGCUGCAGACACCUGCAUCAUCUUUGACUCGGACUGGAACCCUCAGAAUGACCUGCAGGCCCAGGCCAGGUGUCACCGUAUCGGCCAGUCAAAGGCCGUCAAGAUCUACCGCCUGAUCACCAGGAACAGCUACGAGAGAGAGAUGUUCGACAAGGCCAGUCUGAAGCUGGGGCUCGACAAGGCCGUGCUGCAGAGCAUGAGUGGACGGGAAAACGCCAACAGCGGGGUCCAGCAGUUGUCCAAAAAGGAGAUUGAGGACCUGCUGAGGAAGGGAGCUUACGGGGCUCUAAUGGACGAGGAAGACGAAGGCUCAAAAUUCUGUGAGGAAGACAUCGACCAGAUCCUCCAGAGACGAACGCACACCAUCACCAUAGAGUCUGAGGGGAAAGGCUCCACGUUUGCAAAGGCCAGUUUUGUUGCGACAGGCAACCGAACAGACAUUUCUCUUCAGGAUCCAGACUUCUGGCAGAAGUGGGCCAAGAAGGCUGAGCUGGACCUCGACGCCAUGAAUGGACGGAACACACUGGUGAUUGACACGCCCAGGGUGAGGAAGCAGACGCGGCACUUCAGCAGCGUCAAAGAGGACGAGAUGAUGGAGUUCUCCGAGCUGGAGAGUGACGACGACGACGAGCCGAGCAGCAAACCGUCGUCUAAACCCAGGCGACCCCAAGAAAAAGCCCAGGGCUACCCCCGGUCUGAGUGCUUCAGAGUGGAGAAGAACCUGCUCAUCUAUGGUUGGGGGAGGUGGAGUGACAUCCUGGCCCACGGUCGCUUCAAGCGCCCGCUGAAGGAGGCCGACGUGGAAACCAUCUGCAGGGCACUGCUGGCAUACUGCCUGCUGCAUUACCGUGGUGACGAGAACAUCAAAAGCUUCAUCUGGGACCUGAUCACACCAAGUGCAGACGGGACCACCAAGACCCUGACCAACCACUCUGGUCUGUCCACACCAGUCCCUCGAGGAAGGAAAGGCAAGAAGGGAAAGACCCCGGCUCCGCCUCAACAGACUCCACGAGCUGAUUGGCUGGCCAGCUGUAAUCCGGACCAUUUACUGCAAGAGGAUAGCUACAAGCGACACUUGAAACAUCACUGUAACAAGGUGCUGCUCCGGGUGAGGAUGCUCUAUUAUCUACGACAAGAAGUUAUAGGUGACCAGGCCGAGCGCAUCCUGGAAGGAGCCGACACCAGUGAGCUGGAUAUCUGGAUUCCCCAGCCGUUCCACGCCGAGGUCCCGGCUGACUGGUGGGACAGCGAAGCCGAUAAAUCCCUGCUCAUCGGCGUCUUCAAACACGGCUAUGAGAAGUAUAACUCGAUGCGAGCCGACCCCGCCCUGUGUUUCUUGGAGAGGGUAGGCAUGCCGGACGCCAAGGCUAUCGCCGCUGAGCAGAGGGGCACCGACAUGAUGGCAGAUGGCGUUGAUGGUGAGGAUGACGAUCCAGAGUACAAACCAUUACGAAUCCCUUUUAAAGACGACAUGGAUGACUUCACCAACUCUCCACUGGAUGACAAAGACGACGCUGUAGAGGGAGAGACUGAAGGUGCCACAUCAGGUCAAAACGGUCAAGGUGCACCUACUGUAGGCGGAGCCUCAGGCGCCAACGAGCGGCUUUAUUGGCCGGCAGCGUCGGCUCUCACGGCCCGCCUGCGUCGCCUCAUCACGGCGUACCAGCGCUCCAAUCGGAGAGAACAACUCCGCCAGGAGGCCCUCAACCGGCCUGAUGGUCGCCGCCGCCGCCGCAGGGAGUUCCUGCCUACCAUCUCCAUGGUUACCGAGACAGGAGGAGGGGCCACUUACAUCCAAGAUGGCUCUGCGGUGUUCAUGACAGAAGGAAGCCCGUAUCUGACUAAAGGAAGUGCUUACUUUGCCAAAGGUGGACAGUUGAUAGCAGAGGCUUCACCAGUGAUGACCACCAGCUCCCUGAUGUCUGAUGGAGCCAUGUACUACAAAGAGAGAAGGCAAAGAUGGACUCGCCGUGAAGAGGCUGAUUUCUACCGCGUCGUCUCCACCUUUGGAGUCGUCUUUGACACCCAGCAUCAGAAAUUUGACUGGACACAGUUCAGAGCCUUUGCUCGACUGGACAAGAAAACAGACGAGAGUCUGGAGAAAUAUUACUACUCGUUUAUUGCCAUGUGCAAACGGGUCUGCAGAAUGCAGGUCAAGACUGAAACAGAACUCCCAGACCCGACCCUGAUCAUCGACCCCAUCACUGAGGAACGUGCCUCUCGUACCUUGUACCGCAUCGAGCUGCUCCGCCGCAUCCGAGAGCAGGUCCUUCCCCACCCCUUGCUCUCUGAGCGCCUCAAGCUCUGCCAGCCCUCCCCAGACCUUCCCGAGUGGUGGGAGUGUGGCCGCCAUGACCGCGACCUCCUCCUGGGGGCCUCUAAGCACGGCGUGAGCCGAACAGAUUAUCACAUCUUAAACGACCCUACGUUGGCCUUCCUGGAGGCCCACCAGCGCUUUACCAGCCAGCGAGGGACUGGUGUCAGCAUGGGGAUGAUGGGAGAGAUGACCAAAGCUGGAAUGGGAGCAGCGGAAAGCGCCGCUGCGCCGCUCCUCUCCGCCGCAGAGCUGGCGAGCGCCGCAGCCGCUGCCAAAAUUGCUGUCGAUGCAGCUAAAGAGGUGAAAACUGAGGAAGGGAAAUCGGAAAUGGAGGUGAAAAUGGAAACCGAGGAAGGAGAUGUCAGCGACAUUCCACUUGCCAAGACUGAAACUCCUGAUGAACAGAAGACAAACGAGGGAGAGGUCGGAAAAGGGAAAGAAGAGACUGCUGCUUCACCAAGAAAGGAGGUCAAGGAGGAGGAAGAGGAGACUCAGCCUAAAGUAGAAAAAGAAGAGAAAGCAGAGGUGAAAGAAGAGCCAAAGGGUGAAGAGGAGAAGACUUCCAAGCCGUCAGAUGAGGAAGAUCAAGACUUGGCAGAGGAGAAGAGACUUGUUGACUCUCAAAGGGACCAGGAGGAAACGACCACUGAGCUGUCGGGUCAUCUUGACACUUCUCCUAAAGCACAACCAGACAACAAGGCUGUGGAGGAGGAAGAGGGAGAGGAGAGGGAGAACCCCGAGUCUCCCAAAUCUCUGAAGUCAGCUGAUACAGAGAAGAGCCCAGAGGAGGAAGAGGAGGAGAGGAUGGAUGAAGAUGACAAAUCUGAGAAAUCCUCUCAGGCUGAAGCGAGCGCCGCAUCAGAGCAGAAGAACUUCGACGAGGAGAGCAUCGCGUCUCUGAGCACGUCGGCCCGUGACGAAACCAGAGAUGGAUUCUGCCCCGACGACCUGCCAGAAACGUCUGUGCUGCAGGCCUUACAGGAGCGAGCAUACGGCUUCUCAUUCUGGCCUAAGGAUCGAGUGAUGAUUAACAGGAUGGAUAACAUCUGCGACGCCGUCCUGAAGGGAAAAUGGCCCGUCAACAGACGCCACAUCUUCGACUUGGUUGGCAACAUGUUGCCGGGACAUAGUUCCUCAGUAACCACAGCAGCAUUAGCCACGGCAACGGACAGCCCGCUGCAGAGGCGGAGCCUAGCCGAGCUGACGAUGGCGGGCAUCCACACACCGUACAGCGCGAGUGAAGACAAAACACUAUCGACACAGGUUCAUGAGGGCGCUCUGAGCCUGACGUUACCCCGCCAGAGGAGGAGGAGAAGAAGAAAGAUUGAGAUAGAGGCGGAGCGGGCGGCCAAGAGACGCAACCUGAUGGAGAUGGUGGCUCAGCUGAGAGAGAGUCACUCUGCUGCUGAGACCCAGAGUCAGGCCAUAGACCUCACUAAGGGUAUGCACCAUCACCACAAGGCCUCGCCCUCAUUGGCCGGUUUUCCAAGUGCCCUGGUCGCAAGCCCCUCCCUCAAGGCCCAGAUGGAGUUGCUGCAACAAGCCCAGCCCUCUGGACAAAGAGCCAAUGGCUCACUGGAGGCGGAGCCGCCAAUCAUGAGGAGGAGGAGAGGCCGCAGGAAAAAUGUGGAAGGCCUGGAGCUGCUCUUCAUGGGCAACAAGAGAGCAGGAGGGGGCGUUCAGGAUGAUGCUGACGUGGCGGUUGUGGAGGCGGUUCAGGAAACCUCCCGUGCCCACAGGUCCAUCACCGUCCCUGAUCAGAGCCCCAGCGCCAGGUCUCUGGCUUCUGGAAGUCUGGAAGACGAAGACGCGGCAGUGUCGAACAAAGACCUGGGAGAGUGGCUGAGGCAGCACCCGACGUACACCAUGGACAUGACUGGAUACACACCAAAGAGUGAGGAGUUGCUUCUGUCUCAGUUCUCAAAGCCCAAGCAGAAGCGCCAUCGCUGUCGAAACCCCAACAAGAUCGACAUCAACACGCUGACCGGAGAGGAGAGAGUCCCUGUGGUCAACAGACGCAACGGACGCAAGAUGGGCGGGGCCAUGGCUCCACCAAUGAAGGAGCUUCCCAGAUGGCUGUUGGAGAACCCCGAGUUUUCCAUCGCUCCUGACUGGACAGACAUCGUCAAACAGUCGGGUUUCCUCCCCGAAGCCAUGUUUGACCGCCUUCUGACCGGCCCUGUGGUCAGGGAGGAGGGCGUCCGCCGCCGGGGACGACGACCCAAAUCCGAAAUCGCCAAAGCAGCAGCUGUCGCACAGGCAGCGGCCGCCGCUCAGGCUGCUCAGGCGUCACUGGCAACCGCCGCUUCAUCUGCAGGAGGCAUCAACCCACUGCUGUUGAACAGUCUGUUUGGAGGGAUGGACUUGUCGUCUCUCCAGAGCCUCCAGUCUCUUCAGUUGGCCGCUGGUCUCAUGGCCUUCCCUCCCGCCACCGACCCAAAGCAGGCUGCUGCCAGCGCCGCCGCCGCCUCCAUGCUGCCGCUCAUGCUGCCCGGAAUGGGAGGCCUGCCCAACAUGGCCGCCGCCCUCCCCAACAUGUUCAGCUUAGGUGGGCUGUUCGGCGGCAACCUGAUGACGGCCGCCGCUGCCGCCGCUUCCUCCAACUCCGGCGCCGCCAUCGCCGUGUCGGCGAACACAAACGGAACAACGGAGGGAGACGGCGGCGCGGCGUCAAAGAGGAAGAGGGAGGCGGAGGAGGGAGACGGGGGCGACGAGGAUGACGAGGACGAGGAUGACGACGAGGGACACGAAGGAGCAGGGAAGGACAAAAAGAGGACGGAGAAAGAAGGCGGGAAAUCGGGUAAUGAUGUCACUGCGGCUGCUGAGAUGCCAGCUGUUGACUCGGCCGAGGCAUCCAUCAACGGCGACGCCGCCGCCCUGCUGGCAGCUGCCGGCAUGUCCGCCAAUUCUCUGGCGUUCAACCCUUUCCUCCUCUCCACCAUGGCUCCCGGCCUCCUCUACCCCUCCAUGUUCCUCCCCCCGGGCCUCGGCGGCCUCAGUCUGCCCGGCUUCCCCGCCGCCUCCACCCUCGCAGAGCUGCAGAGCGCCAUGGCCGGAGUCCUGGGCGGAAACGCUGUGUCCUCCACUCCCCCGAGAGGCGCCGGGGCGGAGAAGAAGGGUCUAAAAGCUACAGUCGCAGCAGAGGAGGACGACGAGGACGAGGAGGACGAUGAUGACGGGAAGGAGGAGGGAGGAGAGAGUGACUUAGUUGAGGAGGUGGAGGAAGGAGCAGAGGAGGAGAUGAGAGACGAGGCUGACGAGGACGGAGGGAUGGGAGAAGGAGAGGAAGACGGAGAUGGAGUCUCCGCCGAAGGACAAGAGUGACUGAACAGCCCUGGGACAUUUCCUCACCUCUGACCUUCCACUUCCUGUCUCCUCCCGCCUCGUCACGUUUACACGCCUCCACCAGAAAUAUCCAAACUAUUAUGAAACCAGUUUCUUUACGUUGUUGUUGAUUAUUUCUUUCUCUCUUUUUUCUUUUUGGGCGGGUAUAUUUACUCUGCAUCUGAGAGGAUGAAGUGUGUGUGUGUGUGCGCGCGCUCGCUUGUGUGUGUGCAUGUGUGUUGUAGUCAGGGAAAAGUCCUCGCAGCCGCUCGCUCAGAGUCCGGCUCCUCCUCUUUAAAGACUGUUGUUUUUAUUUUUAUUUCUAUCUGUUUCUGACAAACUUUUUCUUCCUCAAUCCCUCAAACUAGGACUUUCACGAGGUUCCAAUAGUGCUAUUAUUAUUAUUAUUAUUAUUGUUUUUGUUAUUAUUAUUGCUGCUUUCAGCUCUGUCGUUUCGAUUGUUUUGUUUU